AGGCAGGAAGGAAGGAAUACAUGACUGGUGGGUAAUGGGAUGGGAUGAGAGAGGCGCGCGAGCUGGAGCGUGGCGUCAGUGUGUGUGGGAGCCGCCCCCAGUAUAGUGACCGUCGCCAUGGACCGCCUGGUACACCUCGUCUGUCUCCUAGGUGUUGUUAUGGGGGGCUACGAGCCUACCUGGGACUCCCUGGACACUCGGCCGCUGCCUCCCUGGUAUGACGGAGCCAAGAUUGGCAUCUUCCUCCACUGGGGAGUCUUCUCUGUUCCUUCCUUCGGCUCAGAGUGGUUCUGGGAUAACUGGCAAGGAGCUCACAAUAGAGAUUAUGUGGAGUUCAUGAAGAAGAACUACCCGCCCAACUUCACGUACCAGGACUUCGCUCCCCAGUUCACGGCGGAGUUCUACGAGCCCGAGAAGUGGGCGAAUAUUUUCAACGCCUCGGGGGCCCGCUACGUGGUCCUCACCAGCAAGCACCACGAAGGCUUCACCAACUGGCCCUCUCGCUACUCCUGGAACUGGAACGCCAUGGACGUCGGGCCCAAGAGGGACUUGCUCGGUGAUCUGGCCAAAGCCAUCAGGACCAACACUCCAAAUAUCCACUUCGGCUUGUAUCACUCCCUUUACGAGUGGUUUAACCCACUCUACCUCCAGGAUAAGUCCAAUAAGUUUCACACCAACAAUUUCGUUAAGGAAAAAACCAUUCCAGAGCUUAUUGAGCUGGUGAACACCUACCAGCCGGAGGUGAUCUGGUCAGAUGGUGACUGGGAGAUUGAAGACUGGUACUGGAACUCCACCAAGUUCCUGGCGUGGCUCUUCAACGACUCCCCCGUCAAGGACACCGUCGUGGUCAACGACAGAUGGGGAAGAGGAAUUCCUUGCCAUCAUGGCUCCUACUACACCUGCCAGGACCGCUACAACCCAGGGGUCCUUCAGCCUCACAAGUGGGAGAACUGCAUGACUCUGGACAGACACUCUUGGGGCUACCGUCGCAACGCACCACUGGCAGACUACCUCACUGUCCACGACCUCAUCACCGAGCUCGCCAUGACCAUCAGCUGCGGCGGCAACAUAUUAAUCAACGCGGGACCUACACACGACGGCCGCAUCCCACCCAUCAUGGAGGAGAGACUGAGGCAACUGGGCUCCUGGCUUGACAUCAAUGGUGAUGCCGUGUAUGAUUCAACUCCGUGGACACACCAGAACGACAGUGUCACUCCUGGAGUAUGGUUCACCAGUAAGGGGGAGACGGUGUACGCCCUGGUGCUGUCGUGGCCCCGAGGCAACCUACUGACUUUGGGCUCCGUCCUUCCCACACCAGAGACUAGCAUCUCCAUCCUUGGCUACCAUGACAACGGCAUUAGACGCAGCCUCCAGUUCAAGUUUGUGAAGAAAGGGAUGCAAGUGGUGUUUCCGCCCAUGUCUGACAUGAGCAGCCAGUGGGCGUGGGUGUUGGCCAUGUCAAAAGUGAAGCCUGUCAAACAGACCUUUCCCCCGCCAACUGUCAUGUCCUGGCUCACCGCCCCUUAAGGCUCUCCCUAAGGAGAUUCAACAGAACCAGAACAGGUUCAUCCCCAACUCCACUCCAGUUAAACUACUGCAACAUAACUACAAAGUCUAAAAUUCCUUUAUCUGCCCGAUUGCUACCCUCAUUUCCCAGACUUUCUCCCUAACUACAACUCCCGUUCUCUCCACUGUUUACUCUGCUUCUGUUAGGUUCCAGAAAACUCUUCACAAAGGCACAAAGAUGAAUGUUAUCACUAUGAAUCUCUUCCCAAUUUAGAUUAAAUAUUUAAGUUUUAGACGACUGCUUCAUUCAUUUAACGUAUUUUGCUUCACACAGAGUGAAUGUGGCAUGUCAAAUGACGUUCUUCACUAUAGAAAUUUAAGGAAAAUGGGUUCCCUAGGAAUUAUUUUAAUUACAAAAGAUUAACCUGAAUUAUUUACCCGAGGAACACCAUUUCUAGUGGCCUCGACAACGACAGGAUGCUGGCGGCUUCUCAAAAGGUGUCCUCCGCUAAUUAUUUCUGGUUAUUAUUACCUAAUAAAAUUAUAAACUUUGUUUAUAUAUAUCAGACUCAUUACCGAAAUGAUUUUCGGCGUAUGUGACCUCCACCGCACCCAAAAUAUAUAUAUAAAAUAUUAAAGUUCA